CAAGGCUCAACAUACAGGCGUUAAAUACCCAGCAUACGCACACACACGCACACCAGAGUUCCCAUGCCGCAGCCCCAGCCCACAAUGCCCUCGCCAGAGCGCUUAGACCAGCGGCUGGGCGACAUGGAGAGCGACUUCGGCGAUGGCUUGGCGAUGGCUGAGGAGGACCCGACCGCCGGCCUGCUCGGGCGCCGCCUCGCCUCCUCGGGCUUCCACGCCGCGCUGCGGCGCGUGGCGACCGAGCACGGGCGGGAGGUGCACAGGAUGGAGGCGGAGAUGGCGGAGCUGCGGGAGCUGGUGACCAACCUCCAGCAGGGGCCCCAAGGGUUAUCGCUGGUGCAGAGGGUCAAACGUGUGGACGUAGAGGUCAGCGGUCUGGACGGCGCGCCGCUGAAGGUGCACACCACGUUGGCCGACGGCAAAAAGUUCAUGACUUUGGAGCCUCCAGAGCUCGUGGGGCAGGGAUUCGUCUCGGAUGGCUUCAGCAGCUGCGACUCAGCUGGGGAGCUCGGAGAUUACGAUACGAACAUGAAUCCGAACCAGGCGCACGGGGCUGCCGUGGACAAGGGCCGCGAGCCCGCGGGCAGUGGCCUCGGGCAAGGCAAGCAGGAGGACGAUCCGCGGCAGGAAGGCCACGCCCCCCACAGGGGCAGCAGCACCGAUUUCUUCCAGAGGGCUAUCCCGCCGCAGCGCAGGGUUGACUUCCCGCCGAAGGACGUUGAACCGACGCACAGCUUAGGCACGCUGCGCAGCACGGUGGGGACCGCGAAAUCCAGCAUGAAGUCCAAGCAGGACUUCCUUUUCACACCUGACCCGGUGACCAGCGCUGACUCCGAGCGCACCGAGAAUCCUAAGGCCCGUUCGUCGCGCGCCUGGGCCUUCUUCCAGCGAGGAAAGACGGGCACGAUGAAGACAAGCACAACGAGUGAGUACCCCCCGGGGUAUUUCUCGGUGUUGCGACUGCGAGACUCGGCAUCGACGAACCUUUCCACCCCGAUGUCGCGAAAAUUCGAAGACGAGAUGGCCGUGUUCGAGACCCCAGCUCAGCGGCGUUUGCGCCAUAGGCAGGAGUUUUAUGAUCAGCGUGCAAAGUUGAUGCGGGAGAAUUGGGAAAGCUACAGAAAGAACGGUGUUCUUACGAUGAGGCAGAUCAUUCACCAUUGGUCGUUUGAUUUCCUUUGCGGGCUCAUGAUUUGCACCAACGCCAUCUUCAUCGGCUUAAGCACGCAGUACAGCGCACGCCAUGCGGGAGCAGUCAAGCAGGAGUACGAGGUUGCUGGUCUGUUUUGCAGUGCGUUUUUCUUCGUGGAGCUGCUAUUGCGAAUCUAUGCCGAUCGUCGGAAAUUUUUGUUCUCCUCGGCCUGGCGUUGGAAUCUGUUCGACACGCUGCUGGUGGUGCUCUCUGGUGUGGACGUCGUCGUGCUGUACGUCUACAGCUCAGAGACCGGAUCCGUCGCGCAGCGCAUGAAGAUGUUGAAGAUGUUGCGCAUCGCGAGGGUGCUCCGCAUGUUCCGCAUGUUCGACGAGCUGAGGCUCUUGGCGCUGAUGAUUCUGGACUGCUUUAAGUCCCUCGCGUGGGCGCUGUGCAUGUUGGCGGUCAUCAUGUACGGAUUUGCCAUAAUGUUCACCCAAGACGUCGAGAACCACUUGACUCAGCUAAAGGACGCGUCGUCGCCACCAGAUCCUUCGCUCGUUGAGCAUUUCGGGGACCUCUUCGUGACCUUGUCCAGCUUGUUCCAUACCAGUUUAAAUGGGAUCAGCUGGUACACCCUCACCAAAGCAUUGGCAUACAACCCAGUGAUGACGGGGCUGUUCUUCUUCUACACUGCCUUUAUUCUUGUGGCCGUGCUCAAUAUUAUCACUGGCGUUUUCGUGAACGAAGCCGUGCAGACAAUGCUUUCGCAGAGAGAGUUUCUGGUCGAGAAGCAGAUACAUCAGAAGCACACGUGGUGCCUGGAGAUGAAGAUUCUGUUCGAAUCUUUGGACUCGGAGGGAACUGGCGGUAUCAGCCUGGAGGUGCUCCGGGAAUGUCUUGAGAACGCCCGCGUGCAGUCCUACUUCCAGGCGCUGGGUCUGGAGCCUUACGAUGCCGAGCAGUUGUUCUUCCACCUGGACAGGGAUUCAUCGGGGGAGGUGAGCCUGGACGAGUUCCUGCAGGGCUGCCUGCGGCUGAAGGGCGGUGCCCGCAGUAUAGACAUGUACACUGUGAUGCAGGACGUCAGGACGCUGAACACCAGGAUCGCCCACCUGGUAGACAUGCUCCGCACGACUGUGGCGUCGGCGACGCUGGAGCAAAUGGAGGAGGCGCUUGGAUGCGGUCCGAGUCCCUCGCAGCACGCGCGCUGGGUGCCGACUCCAGGAUCGGCGAAGCCCGCGGGGGGUGGCUGCCCCAGCAGCGACGGCUGCCCCAAGGGGCCCGAGGUCUUCAUGUUUUCGGAGCAGGCCAAGGAGGACGAGAGGACGAGGUGCUGAGUGAGACGGCCCGCGGAGCGGCCGACGACACACGCGCGUCAAGGGCAAAGUGAUCAGGAGGGCGAGCGACGAGACGUACGAAGCAGGUUGACGUGCAGGUAUCCCAUCUGUGUCCCUUUCUCCGCGCUCAUCCACCUCGCCCUCACCUCGUCUCUAUCCCCCGUUCCCCACCAUUCUCCUUCCCAUGCUGAAUCCGCGGCCCCUGCACCAGACGCCAUUUCUGAUCUGGCGGUGGCGGCAUGUGCAUCGGCCUGACCUGGUGCGCGGUCGACCCGCCUCUGGCCUCAGGACGGGGCUGAGGUACCCGCCCUGCCACGCCCGCGCGCCGAGCCUGCGGGGCCAGGGGAGGCUGAUGGGCUUGUUUUCCACCGCCACCACCACCAUAAGUCGGAAG